AUGUCCGACAACACACCCCACGCGAGAAAUUCCGGGGGCUCCUGGCAGACCAAACCUCCCCUCUCUUCUCAAGAGGAGCAAAAGCUCAUACUGGAAGCCCGCGCUUUGCGAGAACAGAAGCUCAAGGCUCUUGCAGCUAUCAUCAAUAGCAUGUCCAUUGAGAUGACUACGGGAGACAUCUUCCAUGUGUACCAUCGGGUUGAGGUUGGUUCUUAUCUCUUACCAGCCUCGAACUUCAUCGCCAACCAAAAUCCCUCCGAAGCCGAGGUCAUGGUCAAGCUCGCCAGGCAAUCUGCAAAUAGAUCCCAAAAUCCCCUCCUCGUUGCCAAGUGUGAGUUUUGGAUGGGUCGAGUUGAGUUUCUGCGCGGAAACAUGAGCAAAGCUCAUCAGCACUUUGUGAAAGCGAACCCUUGCGCCAUGGAUCCGAAAGAGGGCGUCGAAUGUCAGGACCUGAGUUUUUUUCUGGAUGUCACCAGGCAUGGAAUCAGUGAGCAUACUCGGGCUGCGAGACUGCGUGCUCAUGAGGACGCUAUCGCGUUACACACAAAAUUCGACAAGACUGAGAACAACUCUGUCUCGACCGAAGUCAAACGCAAGCGACAUUCGAGGACUUGGAAGGGGGCUCUCGUCAAACUGCAACUACCUUUGAUCAAGCAACGUCCGCUUACUAAAAUCAGAAAGCCCCGGUGUAAGGUGCCGAUUCAACGAAAGGUGGACGAGAAGCAUCUGCAGCAAGGAAUAGAUAAUGAGGCGGCCUCGCACAACCAGGUUCUUGGAAAGAUCCUCGCAGAAGAACUUGGUUACGAGUCUUGGAGCGAUUCUGGAGAUGACACCGAUACCGACACUGAGGAUGAAUACGAAGACGAGCCCAGCGGAGGCCCUACAGAUGGUACAGAUGACACCAGAGAUGGCAACACAGAUGGUGCCACAGAUGAGAUGGCAGCAAAUGUCCCAAGCAUCCCUGAUGAGCCCCAACAAUCAGAGCCAUCCACUGGCCCGACCACAGCUCCAGCCAAAGUUCCGCGUGAUCAAGCUGCGUACGAAAUGCCCAAGCCGGGGUCGGCCCGGGACCGGUUCAGACAAGAAUGUUUCCAGAUGGGCCUCACAUCAGCACUCAAUGGAGAACCUUACGAACGUCCGAAAGAACCAUUUGUAUUUGGAGCUCCUCACAAACCGACAAAGCAGACCCAGUUCCGGCUUGGGUUUUUCAAGGUCGGCCUGGCAAAACGUAGCCGCCCGAUGACUAUUUUUCCGAAACAGGAUGGCGAGGUCAUUAUUUCUCUCGAGGAAUGGGAAUCUAUCGAACAGGAUGCUCGUCAUAAGAUUGUCACUUAUGAUUACUUGCAAAGAGAAAGAUAUGAGUUGCUCAAGGUUGCUGAGGAGAUGUGA